AUGAACUUUCAAUCCUCCGUCAUCUGGCCCCCACCAUUCCUACCCAGAAUAACCAACAACUUUCUUUCCAACGAGCGCAUAGCAAAAUAUAUUACUUGUACCCAGAUCUGGAGUCUCCUUGCCAACAUAUCAACGUGGGAAUCCAAUAAUAGUCAGUUUCUACACAAAGACGAGGUGUCCAAAUUCUCCACCUUCGGUUGCCGGCCUCUCGCUUGCACGACGCAAGAAUCAGAGGCACCAAAGAGCAAUGGGCGCGCGGGCCGCCUCUCUUGGUGCACCAAGACGCCCGAUGGGCUCGAGGUGUACCAUGCGUGGCUCUUCAAGGAUCUCGAGAGCCAGCGCGUCCGGGUGUUGACCCGGGAAAGCCAGAUUAGAGCCGUUUUUAAGGAGUUGGAGGCGCAGACACCGAAUUCAAUGUUACUUGGACAUCAGGAUUGGUUGGACGGGCUGAUUACUGCGGCAAGGGUAGACAGAAGGAUAAGUGAGAAGUUGUCGAAUGAGGUGGCUGAUGUGUAG